CCGGUGCUGGCGAGCGGAGGGGGCGCCCGCGCGCGUCCCUGCGGCCGCGCUCCCCGCGCCGUUCCGGGAGGGGCAGGGAACUGCCGUGACUUUUGAGGUCCGACUCCUUCCGGCCGGCCUCGCGACGCGCCCGCUCGCAGCGAGGCCGGGGCGACCCGCAGGCCCCGAAGGCUCCCGGCGUGGGGCUGGGGCUUGGAACGCGUCCCGGCGCCCGCGGCGCUGUGCGCGCUGGUGAGUUCGCUGGCGGGGUGGGGUGUCCCCGGCGCGAGGGGCGGAGAGGACGUCGCGCUCUGCCCCUUGGCCCGCCCCUGGAGCUGCCCCCACUUAGAGAGUAACUGGGACUUGAGCGUGACUGCGGAGCCGCGAGGAUGCGGGCGCCGGGCGCGGGCUUCCCCUCCGCCGGGUGCGACGGAGCGGGGCGGUGAGCGGAACAAAGGCGCUCGCCCGGGGUAGCGGGUCCGGGACCGGAGACCGCGCGCCGCGACGGCCGCCUGCGGACCAGGGUGGUGGCCGUGCUGCCCCAGGCGCGGCGCGCUCCCCGCGGGCGGGCGGCAAACCCGAGCCCCACACCUGCGCGCAGCUCCCGCCGCGGCGCCCGGGCAGCCCCGCUCCCGGCGACCCGAGGGCCAGCGCCGAGCCCCUUGCCGGUGCCGCGGAGACACCCCCGGCCCCCGGCGCUUCGCGGAGCCGCGGAGGCGCCCGAAGGGGCCGAGCGCCGCGAACUGAGCAGGCGUCUCCGGGAGCACUUCUGCACACCCAGCGCUUCCAUGGGAGCGACUCCGCUGUCCCCCUGACCGCCCCGUCCUCCCCUUCGCCGGAGCGGCCGCGCUGCGGGGCCGCGAGCCUCUGGGGGCCCCGCCGGCCGUCCGGAGUGUGAGGCUCGCACGGGCCCCGGCUGCCCCGCGCCUUGCCGGAGCCCGAGGGGGCGCGGGUCCGGGGCGAGGGCCGGCGGGCGUGUUUGAUGGCUUCACUGAGAAGAGUCAAAGUGCUGCUGGUGUUGAACUUGAUCGCCGUGGCCGGCUUCGUGCUCUUCCUGGCCAAGUGCCGGCCCAUCUCGGUGCGCAGCGGAGACGCCUUCCACGAGAUCCGGCCGCGCGCCGAGGCGGCCAACCUCAGCGCGCACAGCGCCAGCCCCAUCCAGGAUGCGGUCCUGAAGCGCCUCUCGCUGCUCGAGGACAUCGUCUAUCGCCAACUGAACGGCUUAUCCAAGUCCCUUGGGCUCAUUGAAGGCUAUGGCGGGCGGGGCAAAGGGGGCCUUCCUGCUACCCUUUCGCCCGCUGAAGAGGAGAAAGCCAAGGGACCUCACGAGAAGUAUGGCUACAAUUCCUACCUCAGUGAGAAAAUUUCACUGGAUCGUUCCAUUCCGGAUUAUCGUCCCACCAAGUGCAAGGAGCUGAAGUACCCCAAGGAGCUGCCGCAGAUCUCCAUCAUCUUCAUCUUCGUGAACGAGGCGCUGUCGGUGAUCCUGCGGUCCGUGCACAGCGCUGUCAACCACACGCCCACACACCUGCUCAAGGAGAUCAUCCUGGUGGAUGACAACAGCGACGAAGAGGAGCUGAAGGCCCCCCUGGAGGAGUACGUGCACAAGCGCUACCCCGGGCUGGUGAAGGUGGUGCGCAACCAGAAGAGAGAGGGCCUGAUCCGAGCUCGCAUCGAGGGCUGGAAGGUGGCCACGGGCCAGGUCACUGGCUUCUUUGAUGCCCACGUGGAGUUCACCGCUGGCUGGGCCGAGCCGGUUCUGUCCCGAAUCCAGGAGAACCGGAAGCGAGUGAUCCUUCCGUCCAUCGACAACAUCAAGCAGGACACGUUUGAGGUGCAGCGGUACGAGAACUCGGCCCACGGCUACAGCUGGGAGCUGUGGUGCAUGUACAUCAGCCCCCCGAAAGACUGGUGGGAUGCCGGAGACCCGUCUCUCCCCAUCAGGACGCCCGCCAUGAUUGGCUGCUCCUUCGUGGUCAACAGGAAGUUCUUCGGGGAAAUCGGUCUGCUGGACCCUGGGAUGGAUGUGUACGGGGGAGAAAACAUCGAGCUCGGAAUCAAGGUGUGGCUCUGCGGGGGCAGCAUGGAGGUCCUGCCUUGCUCACGAGUGGCCCACAUCGAGCGGAAGAAGAAACCUUACAACAGCAACAUUGGUUUCUACACCAAGAGGAAUGCCCUCCGGGUUGCUGAGGUCUGGAUGGACGACUACAAGUCUCACGUGUACAUAGCGUGGAACCUGCCCCUGGAGAACGCGGGGAUUGACAUAGGCGAUGUGUCCGAGAGAAGAGCCUUGAGGAAGAGUUUAAAGUGCAAGAAUUUCCAGUGGUACCUGGACCACGUGUACCCGGAAAUGAGAAGAUACAAUAACACCGUCGCGUACGGGGAGCUUCGAAACAACAAGGCGAAAGAUGUCUGCUUGGACCAGGGGCCACUGGAGAACCACACAGCAAUACUGUACCCGUGCCACGGCUGGGGACCCCAGCUCGCCCGCUACACCAAGGAGGGCUUCCUGCACUUGGGCGCCCUGGGGACCACCACGCUCCUCCCUGACACCCGCUGCCUGGUGGACAACUCCAAGAGUCGGCUGCCCCAGCUCCUCGACUGUGACAAAGUCAAGAGCAGCCUGUACAAGCGCUGGAACUUCGUCCAGAAUGGCGCCAUCAUGAACAAGGGCACAGGGCGUUGUCUCGAGGUGGAGAACCGGGGCGUGGCUGGCAUUGACCUCAUCCUCCGCAGCUGCACGGGACAGAGGUGGACAAUUAAAAACACGAUCAAGUAGCGGGGAGUGGCAGGGGCCCCCAGAGCCCGGCCCCCGGGACGGGGUCUGCCCGUCUUCUGGACCGGCCGUGCGGGUGGACAGACAGCAGGAAGCUGGCAGGUGCUCAGCGGGCCUCCCGGGGCUUCUCCAGGGCAGCACGGGGGCCCCAGAGGGAGACGUGGUGUCCCCCCUUCGGCACUCAGCUGCCGGGAGGCCCGCGCUCCCUGGAAGAGCCCCGACCCCUCCUCUGGGAAGCCGGGAGCCGCGUCUUCUGCUGCCCGGGCGUGGCCCGCGUACCGUGGCACGAAACCCCCACGUCCUCCGCGAUCUCUUCCAGCCGCCCUCCGGCCUGGGACGGGCAGGGCCCCUCCUCCUCCUCAUCCCUCUCUCGCAGCAGCUUCUGAACACUGCCCCAGCCCUCAGCAGAGCGGGGCCCGUGCUCAGCCGCCUCCUGUCUUCCCUCCUCGGAGGGGACCCCGGGGUCCCAGCACUCCGUGUCCCUCAACCUUGCUUCUGCCCAGAUGCCCACUUUGAGGCAGCCUCUACCCCAACCUUUCCCCCAGGCGGACGGCCCUGGCCUUUCCUGGACCCGCCCGAAGAAGGCCUGGGAGGAAUGAAUGGUCCCACGGUCACCCAGUGGGGCCCUAAGCUCCCGUGUCCCUGGGCCAGCGGCUCUGCUAGGUCUGCAGGGAGCCAGCAACACCGAGAGGCUGAGCACAGAGGGAGGUCGUGGCUGGGAGGGGGUCUCCAGGGCUGGCGCCGGGCCAGGGGCAGCUCUGCCCUCCCGGGGACCAGGGAGCCCUGACCCGCCUGGAGCUUAAGGACUGAAGCCAACACAGCAAGGGGCGAGGGGCAGGGGGCGGGCUCGGGACCCCGGGGUGCUCCGUGUCCAUCGCGUGUCACCCCGCGCUCUGCUGGCUGGGGGCCGAGAAGGCAGCCGACUCCUCCCCGAAGAGUAAUCAUUUCUGCGGUUGCCCUCCGGUUGGGGUGCCCUUACACAUCGGAGGUAAUGUACGGAUGCGUGUGCACGCCUGCGAGCACGUGUGCCGGUGUGACGCGUGAUGGCAGGGGCUGUGCACGAGUGUGUCUGGGCGUGAGCCUGCAGUGUGUGCAGAGCGGGCGUCCGUGCCUGGCCGUGGGCGUUUCGCUUCGGGGCUCUCCUGGAUCGGGACGAGGCUGCUGGAAGCCGGGUUGGGGCGGGGGUCAGCCACGGCUCUCUGGCCUGGAGGACACCCCCAGCCUUGCCUCAUGUGGAGCCCCAGAUGGAAGGCUGUCCCUUUUGCCAGUUCCCCCUCUGUCCCUCAUCCUGUCCCCAGAGGCCAAGCCCAGCCCAGAACCAAAUCCUGUAGUCGCCCAGUUGGGGUUCACUGUGUCUCCUUUGGUGGCAUCUUCUUGGUGAUUGCGCCCUGCCCGUUCCUCCCUUGUGAAAUAAACACAUGUGAGCACUUCCCAGA